UCUCGAUCACGACUCGAGUUGCCAAUUCCACGUCGCGCAUUUCUAGUCAAUACCAUCAUGCCGCCUAAAGCCAGUCCUACACCUCCCAAGGCUUCUUCGAAUGUCGUUCUUUCACUUUGGAAAUCAUACAAUGAGCAGACCUCUGACAGGCUCCGCUUUAUCGAUGCCUUCCUCGUCUUCUUGAUGCUCACUGGCAUUGCGCAGUUCCUAUACUGCAUCCUCGUUACCAACUUUCCUUUCAAUGCUUUUCUGGCUGGGUUCUCAAGUACUGUGGGGCAAUUCGUGCUAGCUGCUUCGCUGCGCUCCCAAGUCAACCCUGAGAACAAAGAUGAAUUCAAAGAUGUAUCUCCCGAACGGGCAUUUGCGGAUUUUGCGUUAGGUUCCAUAGUGCUGCAUUUCUUUGUUUUCAACUUCCUGGGAUGAAGUUGUACCCUUAAAAUGAAUAAGCUUCAUCUCAAAAGGUGUGCGAGUACAAUCAACUAUCGUUCCAAUCAGUCGUUUGAGCCUGCCUCGGCUGCGCUUCGAAUCUACACCAAAUCCCUCGAUCCAUGUUUGUAAUAUU